UUCUGAUUGGUCGAUAAUAACCCGGUAGAUGUUCCUACCUAGCCCCUCAACUUCCUUUUGGUGAGGUAUCAGCGACGACGAUGGUAAGCAAUAAUCGACAAUAACUCAAUCUAACACAAUCUUCCGUCAUUCAGGCAAUUUUUGUAUAGUAACGUUUAUAAAAUUGUUGACACACAUCUCUGGGCUUCGUGUGAUGAAUUUGUGAUUGAGGCUGUCUUCGUAUUCGCUGAUUAGAAUGUCUAGAAUCCGUGGUACAUUUUUGGGGCUAACCCCCCUCAGAUGGUCAGGUUUACAUUACGAGAGACAGGCAAAUGAAUGACACUGACUGUCAACUAGGUAAUUUUUAUCUCACCUAGUGUAGUUAGUUGGUUGUCAAUUGAAGUUUUUAUUAGUCGCUAGUUAGACCUUGCAAAUGUGUUGUCUGGUGUGAAGUAUUUAGAGGCAUUUAUAUAAUUAAGCACUUGUCAGACCACAACUUUCUUUGGGGUUGUUUGUUAGUGCUUCAUUUCAUGGUUUAGGGUUUUGGAUGUUUAUCAAGUAAAUAUGUUUGUAUGGGCAUCUUGCCUGAACCAUCCUCAAUCCUAAUUUAAGUAGCCUAGGACAUGGUCAUCAUUUCUAGGAGGCCAUGGUUGUGUGUUUUGGUUUUCCCUGUAGGGUGAACAUUGUCAUUCACUUGAAUCAGAGAAAUUAAAAAUGUUAUUGUAGAUAUCCUGUUAGAUCUGUAUGAUUAGGCAGAUUGCAAAUAUUCCAUGUUAGUCUGAAGUCAUCAGUAAAGCACUACCGUCCUAAUGAACGUUUUGUUUAUCAAUUAUAAUUUUUUAGGCAAAAAUCAAGGCCCGAGACCUGCGGGGUAAGAAGAAGGAGGAGCUCCUUAAGCAACUUGAAGACCUCAAGGUGGAACUAUCUCAGCUCCGUGUUGCCAAGGUUACGGGUGGUGCUGCAUCCAAACUGUCCAAGAUGUGAGUAUUGUUUAAAAUCACUCGCACUGGCUAACAGUUCAUUUCACCUUUCCUCCCACAAUGUUUUGCAGACGGGUCAUACGCAGAAGUGUUAGUGGCGUCAUUAAAAGCAGGCAUAAGGUGAAUGUAAACAAACGCAACUGCACCUAUAUGAGCAUUUCCUCACCUUUGGACAACAAUGGCAGGAGUUAAGAUGGAAUGCUCACAGAUGUACAUUACUGUGUCCAAUUCACCACGCUUGACGUCUAUGGGUUCUCAAUACACACAUUUCUGGGAGGGUGCAGGUGGGCUAAGUGAGAUCACAACAGCGCACUUCAUAGGAUCAUUAUGCGCUCUACCCUCGAACCAGUUACUGGCCCAAUGCUCUUAACCACUAGGCUACCUGCCGCCCCUGGUAGAACCUGAAAUCUCAGGUAAUGGACUGUCUAUCCUGUUGACCUGGUUCUGGGUUUCCAGAUAGCGAUAGAAAUAAGCGUGUUCAGCGAUGCAUCGUUCCUAAAACGGCCGACGAUAUCACAUGCGUUUCCCAAAACUCAGCGUAGAGAGAAUGUUCACUAAGUGGGUCUUUGGAGCAUGUGUCGAUACUGAUAAGGAAGUGCUGCUCUCGGAUCAGCUUUCUCUAUUCAAGUUCUUACAUUUUAGUCAUUUAGCAGACGCUCCUAUCCAGAGCGACUUACAGUUAGUGAGUUCAUACAUUUUUCAUACUGGCCCCCCGUUGCAAGCGCCAUACUCUACCAAGUGAGCUACAGGAGGGCCUAACAUAAGUAGUCAUACACACUACUGACGUCGGAUCAGCUCCUAGAGAGACUAUUAUCACCUAUGGCUGCAAAUAUUGAGGUGGUUUAUUCUAAUGUGGUAGCCUAUAAUAAUGCACUAAAUCAUAAUUGUCACAUCAUUGCGCGCAUUGUUGUUACACGGGAAAUAUAUUGAGGCAAAAUUACUAAGCCGCAAUAGCAAAAUAGAACUCAAUUGUAUUUAAACUGAAAUUGAAUUCAAUGUUAUUGAAAUAUGGAGGCAUAUGUAGCCUGUUGACCUUAGAAUGAAGUAAUCUCGGGAAACCCGGCCCUGAAGGUUUUUCAACAACCUUCAUUUGAGCAUUUUAAAGGGAACUAAUGUAUCUUAUGAGCAUGGGUGAAAGUAGAUUUAACUUCUUCCCGGGACGGGACCUCUUGUGUACGCACGCUUAAUCAUAGAAUUACAUAUACAGUGAACAGAAAUAUAAGUGCAACGUGUAAAGUAUUGGUUCCAUGUUUCAUGAGAUGAAAUAAAAGAUCCCAGAAAUGUUCCAUACUCACAAAAACAUUAUUUCGUGCAGAAAUGUGUUUACAUCCUUGUAAGUGAGCAUUUCUCCUUUGCUUAGAUAAUCCAUCCACCUGACAGGUGUCGCAUUUCAAGAAGCUGAUUAAACAGCAUGAUCAUUGCACAGGUGUACCUUGUACUGGGGACAAUAAAAGGCCACUCUAAAAUGUGCAGUUUUGUCACACAAUAAAAUGCCACAGAUGUCUCAAGUUGAGGGAGUGUGCAAAUGGCAUGCUGACUGCAGGAAUGUCCACCAGAGCUUUUGCCAGAUAAUUUAAUGUUCAUUUCUCUACCAUAAGCCAUCUCCAAUGUCAUUUUAGAGAACUAAGUGGCUCGGGGAACAAAACAUCGACAUUUUGGGUCCAUGGCCAGGAAACUCCCUAGACCUUAAUCCCAUUGAGAACUUGUGGUCGAUCCUCAAGAGGUGGGUGGACAAACAAAAACCCACAACUUCUGACAAACUCCAAGCAUUGAUUAUGCAAGAAUGGGCUGCCAUCAGUCAGGAUGUGGCCCAGAAGUUAAUUGACAGCAUGCCAGGGUGACUCUUUGCAUAAACUGAAUGUCAUUGUCAAUGAAAGCCUUUGACACUUAUGGAAUACUUGUAAUUAUACUUCAGUGUACCAUAGUAACUACUGACAUAAAGAUCUAAGAACACUGAAGCAGCAAACUUUGUGGAGACCAAUACUUGUCAUUCUCAAAACUUUUGACCACGUGCUUGUUUUGUCACAAACUGUAAUUAGGUGAACUUUUAGAAUUUUAGCAACCAGGAAAUGGCGGAGUGUUUUCUGCAUAGUGCAUCUUUAACUUUUGUUAAAUGUAUUACCUUUUUAUUGUGGCAUAAACACAACCAGUCAUUAUGUUUUCAUCUGAUUGUCAGACAAUCACUUCAAAAUAAUCCUUUACUAGGCAACCUGCAGAUGUUCAUCCACUCGCAACAUAUUUCCAGCCUCCAAACAGUGGUGAAUGGAAAGAGGCAUCUGUUACACAAAUCACCAAAAAGUGUCAUGACAUUUGGCGAUUGUCAUUAGGUUAGCAUUUAUGCAUCCACUGCUGUCCUCAUCUCUGUGUCUGCCAUUCAUCUCUGCCUUGCCAAAAAUGUCAGUGUUCUGGUCAAACCACAUCGCAUUUUGGUAUGUAGGCUAUACCACCCGUUUUCAAGUUAAUUAGCAAGUUUUUCAUGCCUUUGACAUGCGGUAAUGAUAAAAAGUGGUGUUAUAGCCUACAGUUUUCUUGACAUUUUGUUUUAAUUAUUGUGAUACGCUCGUGUUUUACCGGUACGGCGUACCCCAACUAUUUAUUUUUUCGCGGUACCGGACCGUAGCGCCUUACUUUCACCCCUGCUUAUGAAUAUUAUUUGAUCGUGAAAAUCAAGCCUGAGUUGACCGAUAACAUUACAAUAUGGCCAGUUCGAGAAAAACAUGUUCGACUUGCAUAUACUGCGCAUUGUUUGACAUUGAUAUAUGGCAGAAAAGCAAUUGUACAUUUCCCUACGUCUUAUCUGUCCAAUUUGAAAGAUAAAAUGAAAACGCGGUAAAUAGCAAUAUGUCAUUAGUUGCCACAAGCAGCACCGCAGAUAUUGAGAUGCGCAAGAUUCAAGACUUUGCUUUCACACAGCCGCACACAGUAUCUGCUCAUGUGCAUGGGUUUGCUUCACGCUCUUACAGCGUGGGAGCAACAGGAGAAGCUGAGCAUCGUGCUUCAACGCACUUAGUUGCGGAAAUUUACCCACUGGAAAUUGACCCACUAUGCUGUUUACUUUUUGCAUCUACGUCAUAUUGCGGAGUCUACCUUUAAGCUGUUUUCAAUAAUAUGUUGAAAGUGCAAUGUUUCAUGUAAUUCACUCAUUCCCACCUUUAUUUCAGCCGUGUCGUUCGGAAGUCCAUUGCCAGAGUCCUGACAGUCGUCAACCAGACCCAGAAGGAGAACCUGAGGAAAUUCUACAAGGUAGGCCUUUUAUUUAAAACUUUGUUGCUGGCUUCAUGGAUUUAAGUUAUAGGAUUUUAUAGUAUAGAAUCGCAAUAUCUAUGCGUCAUGAUGGUAUAGUAUCGUGAGGUCACUAGCAAUACUGAGUUCUAAUUGUCAUCACGGAUUUGGUGCAUCAGCGUUACAGAUUAUUUUCACAAAUCUUUAUUUGGUGCAUUAGCGUCAAUUAUUAUUUUGCUGAAUUAUCGAAAGUGGAAUUUCCGCUAGUUCAAAUCCAGCCACUUCUUCCCCAAGUAGGGCUGUUGCGGUGACCGUAUUAACGCCACACCGGCGGUCACGAGUCAUGAAGGCAGUCAAAUUCCACGUGACCAUUUAGUCAUGGUAAUUAGGCUUCUCCAAGCUCUGAAGCUGCUGCUGGUCAUUAGUAGCCUACCAAACUUGCUAACUGCCUGGUACUCAGCACUAUAUUGUACCUCUAAUCACUCUGACAUCAAUGCAAAUGUGAUCAAAAAUCUAAUCCAACACUUCAUGAGAGCCCAUGAGCUCAUGUUGCACAACAUUUCUAUAGGCUAUGCAAUUGCAUGAGAUGGCCUCUACUAAAAAGAGGAGGAUCCCAUCAGGUUUCUAUAGGCUAGGCUUACUAUAUUUAUUUCUAAACUUUCCUAAUAUUAAGCACAUUGCUUGUCUUUACAACAGGAGUAUAGCCUACCUGGCUAGCAUGAAAAUGAACCACGGAAAAGUGUCCUCCAUUCGCUAUUUAACUGCAUAGAUGACAUUUAUUUUUUCCCGCUGCCCCUGUUUCUAUACAGGUGCAUGAUAAUGGUCCAUUCUAAAUGAAAACAAAUUUCACAUAUUAUUUAGUAUAUGUAAAGAUUAAAUCAAGAAUAGUCUGAUGGGUGACAAUAUUAGCAUAUCACUUGUGAAUGAUGCCCAGCAUAAGAAACAAUGCCUUUUUUUUUGUGACUGUUUUGAAUCAUAGUUGCACACCUCAUGUAGCCUAGCCCAUAGGCCUAUAUGUUUUGAUAAGGUUUGCAUCACAACUAAAGUGGCCAAAUAACUUCUUAAAAUGAAGCACAUUAAUCUGCUUUACAAGGGGUGUAGAGCCUAACUGGCAUACAUAAGCAGCGCGUGAGUUUCAAGUUUGGGGAAGAUCAUUUUCACCAUAAAAAUGCACCUUUAUAAUAAAAGCAUUACAUGCAUAAUUGCAUUUGGGGUCACUUUUGAUAAUGGUGUUUUCCGCUAAUGGUACAUUCGCGCUUAUAGCCUACUACCAUGUGCGUAUUGCUGCGCUUAUAAUGUUAAGUAGCCGCCUAAUAGUUGAUCAACAUUUUAAGCUAAACAGUCUGAUCUGUUGCGUAAGAAAGUUUUAUUUUUUUAGAUGCGAGUGGUUGAAAUAAUUUGCGAUAGAAUAGGUCGACUUUUGUACUACGGGGGAUAGUAGCUUGACAUAGGCUAGUGCUUUUGCUGUUCGUUAGGCCUACUCAUCUAGUUGGCUGACGAAAAGUAAAUGUGGACAGUUCUUCCAAUAUCUUCAAUAUGCACCUGGGAAUUGGAUAAGGACGCGCACAGUUGCGUCCCCGAUGUGCGUCUUCACUUCUAGCCUGGGAGAAAGACCUGAUCACGUGAUAGAGAGCCAUGUGAGUGAGAGGUGAUUCGGAGCGCGCAGCACUCAGGGAGAAGGGCAUAACGGCCACUGGCUGCAAAAGGCAUGGAUUUUUUUAGGGUGCAUUACGGUCACACAAAGGGGAUGCCGCCGUGAAAUUCUAGGCAUUAUCAAGUGCUUGUCAAAUUGUGAAUGAGUGGCUGAUGUAGUGUGUAUGGCCUGCGCAAAAAACUAAGCAGAGCUCAUGCCUUUCUACUUUUUUCAAAUCAUCAUUAGUCGCAUCAUACAGCCUUAAAAUGUAUUAAAAAUCAAAACAUAUAUAGCCCAACAUUUGUAGAACUAAAGUUAGGUCUCAAAAUUAAGCAUAUAGGAAUAACUAUUUUUGUUAACCGCUCAACACAAUAGCCACAUGUGCGCACUCCCUCAUCGUUUGGAGAAAAUAUAUUUUCAGCUUUGUUCAAUUGUAUUCUUCAUACUAUAAAAUAAUGCCACGGAAUUCUAAGCAAAUGUUGUCUGCUAAAUUAACUACUGUAGCCCACAGCCAAUUGACAGAUCAGGACAACUCAGAGUAUGCUAUUCUGUUCUUCUGAAAUAGACUACAUUUUCUUCAUAUCAUGCUUCUUUAGACCUGUCUAAAAUAAAUAAUGGAUUUAUUGUGAAGGUGUAGGCUAUAUUACAUGGAUUUAUUAGACUUUUUAAAAUGUAGAUGUUCCAAAGGUCUGCAUCAGUUGCUUGUAGGCUAUGUGUGGAAGUCAGGAGAUGAAAUGUGUUUAUGUUAAUGAACGGUCAAUUUCAGUGAGACCGACAGUUAUUUGCUUGACAAUCACCAGCUGACGAAAUUUCGUGACCACCACAGCCCUAGCCCCAAGAAAUAAAUGAAGUUGGCUAGCUAGCGCUGGAAUUGGUUAUGGGUUCCAAGACCUGGGGAUCAUUUGCAGAAUGGCACAUACAGCCUGGAUCAAACACUGCAUUGCUGAAUCCCAAACCAGCCCCUCACCCCUACCAACUCCUCACCCCUACCAACUCCUCACCCCUACCAACUCCUCACCCCUACCAACUCCUCACCCCUACCAACUCCUCACCCCUACCAACUCCUCACCCCUACCAACUCCUCACCCCUACCAACUCCUCACCCCUACCAACUCCUCACCCCUACCAACUCCUCACCCCUACCAACUCCUCACCCCUACCAACUCCUCACCCCUACCAACUCCUCACCCCUACCAACUCCUCACCCCUACAGCCCCUCACCCCUACCAACUCCUCACCCCUACCAACUCCUCACCCCUACCAGCCCCUCACCCCUACCAGCCCCUCACCCCUACCAGCCCCUCACCCCUACCAGCCCCUCACCCCUACCAACUCCUCACCCCUACCAACUCCUCACCCCUACCAACUCCUCACCCCUACACUUUUUUGCUUAUUUUGCAGGGUAAGAAGUACAAGCCCCUGGAUCUGAGGCCCAGGAAGACCCGCGCCAUCCGCAGGCGGCUGAACAAACAUGAGGAGAGUCUGAUGACCAAAAAGAUGCAGAGGAAAUCACGCUUGUACACUAUUCGCAAGUUCGCUGUCAAGGCUUGAGUCUGUACCUUUUUUAUAUUGAAAAUAAAUUACCUUUCACAGGAAAAAAUAUAACUUUGUCUUGUAAGUGUUUGAAUUAAAUCUGUCAGAGAAUCCCAAGGGAACAGCUUAUUUUUUAACAGUAUUGUUUGUCUUUUAACAAUUGGAAAAAAUGUACACAGCGUUAAGAUGUGACAAACAAAAGAACAAGGGAAACGACAUGGGGAAAAUGAUGAAAUAAAAUGCUGUGACCUCAUUCCCUCCCCUUGGCUGUGAAGUAUGCUCUCUUCAUUCUCC